GGGGCGGUUUCCGGGGGGCGCCGGCGGAAGCGGAAGUGGCGGCGGGCGGCGAUGGAGGAGCCGGAGAUGCAGCUGAAGGUGAAGAAAGUCACAGACAAGUUCACGGAGAGCCUGUACGUGCUGGCCAACGAGCCCUCGGUGGCCCUGUUCCGGCUGCAGGAGCACGUCCGCAGGUCCCUCCCGGAGCUCGCCCAGCACAAGUCGGACAUGCAGAGCUGGGAGGAGCAGAGCCAGGGAGCCAUUUACACCGUGGAAUACGCCUGCAGCGCCAUCAAGAACAUGACUGACAGCACCGUGUACUUCAAGAGCAUCGACAGCCUCCUCAGACACGCCAUCGCCACCAAGGAGCAGCUCCACGCCGCCCAGGGCAAGAGCACUGUUGCCCCCCAAGCCAAGAAUCCUCCAGCCAGCUCCUGAUUUCCUCCAGACCGACCAUCCUGUGCUGCCUUUCCCAGCCCAGCUCUGCUCUCCAGCCUCGGGAAGGAGCGAGGAACCACCUGCCCAACCUGUGGGGCUGCACAGGUAGAGAGUCCAGAAGGUUCUGGACCUUCCCUGAGUGGGAAAAUCCUGCCUUUGGGAGGUGCUCUGGGGGGGGGCCUCGUGUCCCUUUCCACGGCACUUGCCCAAGGGAGAGGGGCUGGUUGGGUUUGUCCUUUCCAGUUCUUUCUCUGCCUCUUGGGCCACAGGAAAAAAACACAAACAAAACCAAACCAAACCCAAACUAGGCCUCGCUUUCAGUGUUUUGGAGGAGGUUGUGGAAGGGACGGAAUGUGGGCACGCUCCAGCUUUGUUCAGCAGGAAUUCUGCAAGGAGAGCUUUUCCUGACUGUUUGCCAGGGGGUUGCUGGGUUCGGUUUUAAUGAGAACAAUAAUAAAAAGAAGAGAAAAAAAACAAAACAAACCCACAAAAAAAAAAAAAAAACCAA